GGUUGGCAGGCGUGGUGUGUGUAAUGGCUGGGUGGCGGGUGACGUGAGGCUGGCUGAGUGAGUGUCAGUGCCUCGCCAUGGGUCACCACGUCGCCCCGGGGAUCACCAGCCCCGUGAAAAUGGUGGCUAACAUCUUCGUGUCCUUUAUAGGCGCGGGAAUGUUAGGCCUACCAUUCGCUUAUAAAGAGUCCGGCAUCAUGGAGGGAGCAAUCAUCAUGGCGCUGGUUGGCUACCUCAGUGUCUCGGCUAUGCUCAUGCUGGUGGACUGCAAAUAUGCCAUCCUCUCCUCUGGCGGUAGAGCUGGGGGUCGGUCUAUUAUCAUGGAGACGAAGGUCCCCCUCAUCCCACCCGACUCCACGGAUGACGAGGAUGACGACGAGAGGCACCCCCCGAUCCCCUCCACAGACCUGACCUAUGGGGAUGUGGGCCUGUACGCGUUGGGGCCAGGCGGGAAACGAUUGGUGGAUAUUGCUAUUGUUGUGUCGCAGCUUGGGUUUUGCUGUGGUUACCUGAUUUACCUGUGCAAGAACCUCAAUACAUAUGUGUCAGGGGUGUCGCAGCAGCUGUGGCUCCUCUUCCUGCUGCCCCCACUCUACUUCCUCACCCUGCUGCGUCACUUGAACAAACUGGCCAUCUUCAGCUUGUUUGCACAGUUCUCCAAUGUUCUGGCCCUCACUGUGGUCUUCUGGUUCGACUUCUCCCACUCAGAGGAAGUGCCCUUCACCCCAAAGGAAUUCUCCAUCAAGGGCUUCCCAUUCUUCUUUGCCGUGGCCAUCUACUGCUAUGAGGGCGCUGGGAUGAUUCUGUCAUUGGAGGAGUCAAUGGCGGAACACAUGCGGGACAAGUUUCGGUCCAUCUUUGUGUGUACCAUGGGCGGCCUCACCACUCUCUACAUCUGCUUUGGGGUGUCAGGUUACGCCUCCUUCGGUCCUCACACCAUGGACAUCAUCACCCUGAACCUUCCACACGGCCAAGGAUCCAUCAUAGACUUUGCCGCAGUGGUCAAGAUUUGCCUCGGUGUGUCGCUCUUCUUCACCUACCCAAUGAUGCUGUUCCCAGUCACUCAUCUCCUGGACAAGUCUCUCGGUUUCACGUCUGCACCUCACAGGGGGAAUGUGGUGCGUCUGGUGUUGGUGGCGAUGACUGGGAUGGUGGUGAGUGCCGUGCCAAACUUCGCUGUGCUGAUGAGCCUGAUUGGUGCCACCUGCUGUACUCUGCUGGCCUUCAUCCUCCCUGCUGCCUUCCACCUCUCCAUCUUCAGGCAGCGGCUGACACGACGGCAGCGCUACUUUGACCUGUUGCUGAUAACCCUGGGUGUGCUGGGCUCUGUGGUGGGCCUGUGGGACGCCUUCGACCGCAUGAGCCAGGCACACGACCCUUUGCUGGCCCUAGACGAGUUCUCCUCCCACAAGAACGCCUCUGCCCACCACCAGACGCCUCCCCCACACCUCCCCCCACCCCACGUCACUGGCCCCAUCCUGGCCAACAUCUCCCAGGCCGUCAAGAAGUACGGAUCAGAGGGACAGUCGGGGCAGGGCCCAGGAAAGGCUGUGAAUGCCAGCGCCCACCUCACCACAACACCGCCACCUCAGGGUGCCAAGCUGAGGGCUGAGGUGCCAAGUGCCAUCGCUGCACAGUCAAUAUCAGGGAAGGUAGUACCAGUGGGCAGGCCCAGUUCCCUGGCCGGUGCUGCUCCGCCCAGCGCUGCUCUGCCCGGCGCUGCCCUGCCCAGCGCUGCCCUGCCUGGUGCUGCCCUGCCAGGGGUUGUUCCUUCCAACGGUGAUGUGUCUGGUGGUGCUUCACUCAGCAAGGUGGUGACACAAACUGAGUCACCAGAGAGUGCUGCUCUGAGUGACACUGUACCUGGCAGUGUGUCAUCUAGCAGCAGUGCAGCCAAGGGUGUGCCGCCCAGUGGCCCUGCGUCCAGCGUGGACCACAGUGCUGACAUUGCGGCACCCAAGGUAGCAGCAGCCUCCCGCCUGGCCCCCGUCACCACCAGGGCGCCCCCCACCUGAGAGCUGCCUGCCCUAGGCCAUUACAGUGUACAUAGGCUGUAAUAUAUUGUUACAUUUUUGAUGCAAGAACGGGACAGUUUUGUACAGCCUGGUAUACGGCAGCGGGGCGGGGCGGGCCCAGCACCCGUUGCGGGGGUGAGGGUGUGGGCAGGGCAAGGCAGGCUGACCGGCAGGGUACCCAGGCAUCCUAUCAGGGCAGGAAUGUGGGCAGGGGGAGGUGAUGGACAAUUGUGUGUGUGUGUGUGUGUGUGUGUGCAUGCAUGUGUGUGUGUGUGUGUUCAUCAGCACCUUAUAAUUACGUCACGAUACCUGAAGGUGCCACAAUGACACACACACACACAGAAAGCAGAAGGUUAUACAUACAUAUAUCUAAUCAGGCGUUGGACAACUGGUGGUGUAAUGAUGAGGUUGGGGAUGACAUGGCUGUAGUAGAGUGGUGAGUGGUCCUCCUUGCAGAUUCCUGGUGCUCUCUCCCCCCAGUCUUCCCAGAUCAUGAUAUCAAGGCAGUUCAUCAUACAGGACUGCCUCAUGUGCUAUAGUGUACUCUGUAAUGUGUAUUUCUCAUCAUUCUGCUUCUUGUGGGAGUGGCGAUAUUUCAGACUGGUUCCCGAGCCUCUAUGCUGCUUUACCUGCCUCAUACAAUGUACAGAUUAUAUACUGUACAAUAUGCCCUGCACCUCAAGGCUGGCUCUCUCACUACCCAGGUUAACUCCACCUCAUAUGUCUAUACUCUUUGUGAUUUUUUCAUGGAAGAUUUAAUUUAUAAUAGGAUUGUUUUGAAAUUUAUACAGAAGGAGGCAGUGGAUGCUAGUUUUUGUGGUGUGUUGCCUUGGUGAAAUUCUGUUAAAACUUCAGUUGUAAUUAAAAAUUUUAUAUUGAAUAAGGCAAUACAUUUUGGUUCUGUUGUGUUGUGUGGCAUCUCCGUGUGUGAGAGACAGUCAGUUUCUGGAUUAACACUCUCCAUGAUAACCAUUUCAGCCCAAAGCUCCACACAGUGUCUAAAUAUUCAGUAUCAAGCAACUUAACACCUCCAUAUUGCCAGUCCUUGGUGUUUGGUAAGGGCAGCACAUCAAUUGACCCUCUAGUGCAAGACUAACACCUGGACUCUAUUUACUUGUGUGGCUCUACAUGAUUUUGUCAAGUGAAAGCAAAGCACAGGCACCAAAAAUAUGAAAUCCAUAUCAAAACUGCGUGUCUCUUGCCGUGAAUAAUUGGUUGAUACUCGGAGAUGCCACAAGAAUGAGAGACAAAACUAAAAAACCAAGUAAAAUUGACAAGCUAAAGAUUUAAAAAAAGACCUGUUCGUGUUGCCAUUCCUGAGAAGAAACAGGAAGAGAGAGAGAAUGAGGAUAAGCAAGAGAAAUGGCCAGAUAGGAGCUUUUACUUGAUUUGACCCAUGGAAUUCACUGUUCUUUGCGACAUCACUGCUUGGGGUAACUGUACACUCUCCUCACUAAUGCUUAAUUGGGGUGUUAGCUAGCCAGUCGCCGCAGCUACAUAGGAAAGAAAUGGAAAUUUGUUUUCUCUAUAUUAGAGAGUCAGAGAGAUAGUGAGAGAAAGCCAAUACAGCUGGUUGUGGUUAUGGUGUAUUGUAAGCUAUUUCUACAGCUAUAUAGUAGGAAUUUAUACUAUACAUGUAUAUAUAUUUUUAAUGGGGUAUAUAAGGGCUGGUUCAUGUUAAGUCUGUGAAGCUUUUUUGGGAAAUGGAUUGAUUAUACUAUUUUUUUAUUUGAAUUGUUUUGUGGUGUGUCUGUGUUUGCAUCGAAGUGUUUUGCUCUUAAUUCCCCCAACAGCUGGCUCUGGUUCCUUGGUGCUAGCAGAACACACACACACACACACACACACACACACACACACACACACACACACACACACACACACACACACACACACACCCGGU